CGCGAGCCGUGACCCUCACGGUUCGAGCCUCCGCGUCCGACGAGCCCUCGUCCAAACCCAAGAAGAGCGACGAGAAGUACAGCAACCUGACCAAGAUGCGGUCCGAGGCGCAGGCGCCCUUCCGCACCGCGCGCAUGUUCGUCUUCGGCGCCUUCGCCGCGAACGCCGCGCUCGGUCUCUCCAUCGCCACGCUCCAGGCGGUGACCAAGGCGCUGGGCGCGCCGUCCGCGCCGCCGCUCGACCAGUCCCUCCAGAACAUCGGCAUCGACCUCGGCGCCGCCCUGUUCUUCGGAUACCUGUACAAGAAGGACGCGGAGAACAGGGAGAAGCAGAUGGCGCGCAUAUCCAGGGAGGAGAGGCUCUCAGCGCUCAAGUGCGAGCUCUCCUCUGGGAAGGUGGUGUCGCUCUUCGACCUUCGCGGGUUCUCCCGGGUGGUCAUCGCGGCGGGCGACGCGGACUACUGCAACGCGUCCAUCGCAGCCGCCGAGGCGGUGAAAGACCCGCUGUUGGAGAGGGGCGUGCUCGUGAUACCCCUCGUGCUCGGCGGCGCAGCCGAAAGCGUAGACGCGCCCGACGACGCCACGGACCGACGGUUCAGGGCCACCCCGGUGUACACGGACAAGUGGGUCAAGUGGAUCGACGAACAGAAGAGGGAGGCCAAGGUGGCGGCUGGUAAGGGCGUGUACGUGGGGCUGAGGAUGGACGGGCGGGUGCGGAGCAGCGGUGUCGGGACGCCGCCGUGGGAGAAGUUCGCGAAGGAGCUCCCGCCGGCGGACAAGUGGGGAGGUUUCCUGGACGGGUUCGACGGCAGGGUGGGCGUGGACACGUGACCGACGGGAGAGGAGAAGGCGCCGAUCGAUGGGAUGGGAGAGUAGACCGCCGCGAGCUCGUGUUCAAUACGACACCACGAUGAAUACGCG